UUACACAAGCUAAAUUUUUAUUUGAUUGAUAAGCAUAUUUAUAUACAUAAGUAUAUUUUUUAUACCAAGACUAAAAAAUGCAUUACCUACCGGUUUGAUUAAUUCUGUAAAAUGAAGCAUUGUAAGUUAAUUUUUAAUUGUUCUAUUUGAACUCUACAUGUCGAAAGUGGGUUCCUUUUUUCAUAAAUAUAUAAGAUAAAUUACUCCACCUCUCCUGAUAAUAUAUUAAGUGGAGAUGAAGUCCACACGCGAAGAUUGCUGGUACAGCUGAUUCCAAUAAAACAAACCUAAUAAAUUUCAAUCACAACGAUCGCAAUGAAGCAACCGAUAUAUUAUUAAUAGCGUCUACAAUACAGGCUCUCGUAGAGCUGAUGACAUGAUUGAUGCAGCAGCAAUCACCACCGAUUACGACAGUCACGAUAACCACUCUGAGCGGCGGCUGCGGCCGUGUCCCGUUACUUUUGUUCAAUCCGCGAUUUUAGAGCGGCCGAUGCAGAUGCGGACAUUAAAACGCGGUCGACUAUCGCUCAUCGCGGGUGGAAGAACGUUGAACCUGAGAUUUUGUCAACAAAAAGGUGAUGGGUCGUCAGCUAACGGUAGUGGAUCGAAAGCUUCGGAAGGGUUGCGGAGGAUGCGCCGGCGCGGCGGAUGCCUGCGGGGUGAGGUGUGGGGCGCGGGGGGCGGUCAAGGCCGCGGGCGCACGCGGCGGCGGCGAGCGGCGCCGAGCGGACAGCUCAGUUGCUCCCGCGCUCUUUCGCCGAGAAGACGUGCCAGUGUCGCGAGUGAAGUGAAGUGUACUACAGUUACCCCGCCGCAGGUCGCAGGUCGUCGACCGCGCGAGCAUGAACGCGCGUCCGCUCAGUCCGCCGCCGCUCAGCACACGAGUCCUCUAGCCGCCACACACAGAUAAGAAUAUGCGCGGGUGGGUGGUGCGGUGGUGGAGCGGCGGGUCCCGCGCGCGGCUGCGCUGGCUGUGCGCGCUGGUGUGCUGGGGCGCGCUGGCGGCGCUGGCGCUGCCUCGCCUGCACCCCGCCGUCGCGCCGCCGCGAGCCCCGCCCGCCCCGCCCGCUCCCCCCGCGCGCCUGCUGCUGCAGUCCGAGCCGGCCGCCUCCACGCCUGCCACGCCGCCGCCGCGCCUCGCCACCGACACCCGCGUCCUCAGCGAGGACCAACUGGUCGCCGACGCGGAGCGCCGUCUGGCCUCCCUCCCCCUCGCCUACUGGCACAGACACAAGGACGACAAGAACAAAUUCUUCAAGAAGAAAGACUGCGCGCCUUUCCCGUCCAUUUACGAUCUCGAAUUCCACAACACCUACUGGCAGACGUUCCGCUCGUCCGAGGGCGUGUUCCACUUCUACGGCGCAUACAUGGACGCGCGUAACACUUCGCGCAUAGGACCCGCGGUGCGCGUGCUCGCGGUGCACGACCGCAUCAAGCCUGCGCUCGCGACGCAUUGCCAGCUGUGGUUCGAGGAGCGCGACGCGCCGGUGGUGGUGCGAAAUCUCGAGUACAAGUACGUGUGGAACAGCAAGUGGGGCAACUACCGCGACCGCGUGCUGCAGCCCUACCUGAUGGCGUGCGUGCUGCCGCAGGAGGUGCGCCACCUGGUGCCCGCCUCCGUCUCCAUCGUGGAGAACCCCUGCGAUCGGGCGACGAACAACUUGCGCGUGCACUAUCAGCGUCCGCCCGCCGAAGAGAAAAAAGAGUUCGCCGUCUGCGUCAAAGGUCUCGACUUUCUGCACGAGGACCUCUCCGUGCGGCUCGUCGAGUGGAUCGAGCUCGUGCGCCUGCUCGGCGCCGACAAGAUAUUUUUCUACGAGCUGCAAGUGCAUCCGAACAUAACGAAAGUGCUGGACUACUACACCGCGCGAGGCGCGGUGACCGUGACUCCGGUGACGCUGCCCGGCGGCCAGCCCAACCUGCCGGGGCUGCAGCACAUGUAUCUGAAGAAGAAGACGACGCACAAGCGCCAGAUGGAACUGAUCCCGUACAACGACUGCCUGUACCGGCACAUGUACGAGUACCGGUGGCUGGCGCUGCUGGACAUCGACGAGGUCAUCGUGCCGCUGGAGGACGACGACUGGAGCUCGCUGAUGAAACGAGUGCUGCCGCUGUCGACGCCCGCGGAGGGCAAGCCGGCGCGCUCGUCGUACCACGCGUCCAACCUGUACUUCCUGGACUCGCUCGCGCACGACCACGGCUGGGAGGAGUCGGUCCCGCGACACCUGCACAUGCUGCAGCACGUGUACCGCACGCGCAACUUCACCAAGCCGGGCCAGUACGUGAAGGCGUUCCACGAGACGGAGCGCGUGCUGGCGCUCCACAACCACUUCCCGCUGGCGUGCCUGGGCGGCGCGUGCUCCUCGUAUGCGCUGGACACGCGGCACGCGCGCCUGCAGCACUACCGCGCCGACUGCGUCACGGCGCUCAGCAAGACCUGCGCGGAGCUGCGCGCGCAGCCGGUGAGGGACACGGCGGUGUGGCGCUGGCGCGAGCCGCUCGCCACGCGCGCCGACAAGGCGCUGCGCGCGCUCGGGUUCCUGCCGCCGCACCGGUGA